CAGGGGUCGUGCAGCAGCCGGUCUUGCACAGCUGUUUUUCUGCCCAGAGCACGCACGCACACACACCGGGAAGCCAACCCCGGGGGGAGGAGGAGGAGGAGGAGGAGAUUGCCAUUUCAACGGGUUUGCAUUUCAGGUGAUCGUGUGUGUGUGUGAGAGAGAGAGAGAGUUUCCCCUUCUGCAUUAGGACCCGGGGAGAAUUGCUCUAUUCAGAGAUCAAUGCGCCUGCGCCGUCUUGAAGUGUCCGGAGCCCGGGCGGGCUGGACUGAGCCGCUAGUUCCCUGCUGGCGCCCCGCCUCCAGCACCACCUGCGAGCUCAGGGGCCGGCCGGCGGGCGUGGGGUGGGGGACUGAUCUCCGCAUCGCCAGCGCAAGCCAGCCGAGGCAGCAGCGUGAGGGAGCCCGGCUGGAUCUCCUGCUGCUGCCUGAGCCGCGGGGGACGGAGGAAUAAAGGGGUCUCCACCACCACUGCUAUGCCCCCCCGCACCUUUGCAGUCCCCCCACCCUCUGCAUAGGCGCAACCCCCUCCCCCCCACCCCCCCAAGCUCAGGCGGGGAGCUGGAGCUGUGUGCGCAGCGCUGUCCAUUCAGCACCAAGCCCGGGCAGCCCCUGGCAAGCACCGCUUUGUGAUCGGAGCAAGGACGGGCAAAGCCGGCUCGCAGGUACCAGGGCGCCUGGCGCUGCCGGUCGGACUGCUGCAGAAUGUGAAGUGAAUCAACCCGGAGCGAGCCGAGAGGGGGAAAUCCCCCGCCGGAGCCGUCGCUUUUGUCUGGAUUCAAGCUCUGCAGCUGGAGAUUUUUGUUGGUCCCCCUUCUGCUGCUUCUACAUUUCGGUGGCUUUACCUUCGCCCCCAAAGAAUUGUGGGGGGGGGGGGGAGGUUUGGGGGGCUAGGGAGGGGAGGGGAGGGGGGGUUUAAAAUCAGGAUCGCUGCGUGUUGAGCUCCCCAACGGCAGCUACCUCAGCUUCUGUCUGUCUCUCAAGGACUUAAAGUGCAGCACAAGCGACAGAGAGAGGGUUUGUUGUUGUUUUUUUUUUAAAAAAAACCAAACCCAACCCUUUAUCAAUAGAUCUGGUCUGUGGCUGCGGCUGGGCGCUCGUAUCCGCCCCCUCCAUCCCCCACGGUGUGUCCGUCUGUCUGCGAUCCCCUUAUACCCUCUCCCCGCGCACCCACCCUCCGUUUGUUUUUGCACCCAGCUGCCACCAUCAUCAACCCCCGCCCCCUUCCCAGCUAAGAGGUUCCUUGAGCAGAUGUGCAGCACUGGAUUCUUUUUUGGCCACAUCUAACUAAGGGAAGAACCUCCCCCUGCCCCGUACCUAGGUACCUGGCAGACCUCUGCGACUGCUGUUCUUGGGGAGUGGGUGCCCUCUCCUCUCCAAACCCUGGCUUAAAAUAAAACGGUACAAGAGCUUUUAACGGCAAAUAAAAGGAACCUUAGGACUGCCAGCGUUAACUUUCAGUGGUGCCCUUGGGGUUGUAGCAUUUGGAAGAACAGGCCCGAGGGACUGACACCAGUUGGGUGCCCUUUGCCUAGGUGAUUCCUGACCAGCUGGAUAAAUUACCCGGUUAGGUAUCGAUUGCUGUCAAGAAGCCGCCCCCUUAUGGGCUUGCUGUGUGCCGUGCUUCCUUGCAUGGGUCUGCGACAUGCCUAAUAAGAGACGAGAUGGGCCAGGGCGACGAGAGCGAUCGCAUCGUGAUCAACGUGGGAGGGACUAGGCACCAGACUUACCGCAGCACCCUGCGCACCCUGCCUGGCACUCGGCUGGCCUGGAUCGCUGAGCCCGAUGCCCACAGUCAUUUUGACUAUGACCCGCGCACAGACGAGUUCUUCUUCGACCGGCACCCGGGCGUCUUUGCCCACAUCCUGAACUACUACCGCACAGGCAAGCUGCACUGCCCAGCGGAUGUGUGUGGGCCUCUGUACGAGGAGGAGCUGGCCUUCUGGGGCAUUGACGAGACCGAUGUGGAGCCCUGCUGCUGGAUGACCUACCGCCAGCACCGGGACGCCGAGGAAGCCCUUGACAGUUUUGGUGGGGCACCACUGGAUAGCAGUGCUGACGACGGAGAUGCAGAUGGCACUGGAGACUCCGGGGAUGGCGAGGAAGAGCUGGAGAUGACUAAACGCUUGGCACUCAGCGACUCACCAGAUGGCAGGUCCGGGGGCUUUUGGAGAAGGUGGCAGCCCCGAAUCUGGGCACUUUUUGAGGACCCCUAUUCCUCCAGAUAUGCAAGGUACGUGGCAUUCGCCUCCCUCUUCUUCAUUCUGGUCUCCAUCACCACCUUCUGCCUCGAGACCCACGAGAGAUUUAACCCCAUCGUGAACAAAACAGAGACUGAAUUCAUUGGCAACGACACCCACGUGCGACACUACAGGGAAGCGGAGACCGAGGCCUUUCUGACCUAUAUCGAAGGCGUCUGUGUGGUCUGGUUUACAUUUGAGUUCCUGAUGAGAAUCACUUUCUGCCCAAACAAGGUGGAAUUUAUCAAAAACUCUUUGAACAUCAUUGACUUUGUGGCCAUUCUGCCUUUCUAUCUGGAGGUUGGACUCAGUGGCCUGUCUUCCAAAGCUGCUAAGGAUGUCCUGGGCUUCCUACGAGUAGUCCGGUUUGUGCGAAUUCUGCGAAUUUUCAAGCUGACUCGCCACUUUGUGGGGCUGCGGGUCCUGGGACAUACUCUCCGUGCCAGCACAAAUGAAUUCUUGCUGCUCAUCAUAUUCUUGGCAUUGGGCGUCUUAAUCUUUGCCACAAUGAUCUACUAUGCUGAGAGAAUAGGUGCUAAACCCAAUGAUCCUAGUGCCAGUGAACAUACACACUUUAAAAAUAUCCCCAUCGGCUUUUGGUGGGCUGUUGUCACCAUGACUACCCUGGGCUAUGGAGACAUGUAUCCUCAGACUUGGUCAGGCAUGCUGGUGGGGGCUCUCUGUGCUCUUGCAGGCGUGCUGACCAUUGCCAUGCCUGUCCCCGUCAUUGUGAACAAUUUCGGAAUGUAUUACUCCUUAGCUAUGGCUAAGCAGAAGCUACCAAAGAAAAAAAAGAAGCAUAUCCCGAGGCCACCCCAGCUGGGAUCCCCCAAUUAUUGUAAAUCUGUCGUAAAUUCUCCACAUCACAGUACUCAGAGCGACACAUGCCCACUGGCCCAAGAAGAAAUUUUAGAAAUUAACAGAGCAGAUUCGAAACUGAAUGGUGAGGUGGCCAAGGCGGCGCUGGCAAAUGAAGACUGUCCCCACAUAGACCAGGCUAUAACGCCUGAUGAGGGCCUGCCCUUUACCCGCUCUGGCACUCGGGAGAGAUAUGGACCCUGCUUCCUCUUAUCAACCGGGGAAUAUCCCUGCCCGCCUGAUGGAGGAAUAAGAAAGGGUUAUGAAAUGUCACGGAGCCUUAACAACAUAGCUGGCAUAAGCGGAAAAGCGAUAGGAUUAUCCUCAGUGUCUGCGCCCUACAGCUCUCCUAGCCCAGUGAGACGUUCUUGGUCUCCCAUUCCAUCUAUUUUGUAGCAUGGAUCAGUAGCAGAGAAUGGUCUAAAAAGCUUUAUUUACAAUUAGCCUAUGCUAUGUUGCAUAUUAUCCAGGUGACUAAAUCUGAAGAUGUCAUGUCUCACAGUAGCACCUCAUGGGCAUGGUGUUACUACUGACAUUUGGUGACAAUACCCUUAAAUAGUAUAAAGAUGACACUAGGUGGGCAUUAAAUAGUACUGGUAGGCCAUAUGCUGCAUGAUAUUGGUACAUAGGAUGAAGGGUGGAUGCACCAGAUAAUUUCUUUAAUGGUGCACCAUGCUGGUAUGUGCUUAUCUUGGCUAAUGGUGGAUCCACUGGCUCUUAUGGAAUGGGUUAGGCAUUUAGUCAAUGCUGAAACGUGCCAACGAUUGAAGAUUUUGAUUUUCUCAGGAUAUUUUUGAGCCAUAGGAACCCUGCAGGAGUUUGAGCAAACAAGCACAGUAGGAUGAAACUUUGCAUGGUCGCCUAUUAUAAGUUGAAAGCAAUACUCAGAUACACUGUAGAGAGGUCUCAGUCGGGCUGACUGCAUGGAAAAAAAAUCCUGUUGAAGAAGAAUAUGGCUGCCUCUGCAUGUAGCUACUCUACCUUUUCCUCCUUCCUUUAAAACUAAAAUGCCAAGCUUGAUUUGAAAAGCGCAGGAAAGAAGCUCAAGUAUUGAUUGUAUUCUUUACAUGCAGAUCUUUGCAAAGAAAGUCCUGUCAUUGCUAAAUAUAUGCCAACAGAGGCAGUCAGAGUGACUUGACAAGGCGAGAUGGAGAUGAACAUUGAUGGCUAAUAAACAUCUGUGUGGAACUGUGCAGGCAUAGAAGACCUCCUCAUUUGGACAAAGUAAACUCGCUCCAUGCAGGUUUUAAGGAUGAUUCUAUGUGGUUUCAGAGUUGUACUAGAGAUGCAGGCUUUUUCUACGGCCAAAAUGUAACAAAACUGUAGAAAAUCUCUUCUUCCUUUAUUUUUGUUUUGUUCAUAGCAUGAAUUGCAUGAAGUAAACAAAAACUGCAAUUGUAUGAUUAACUUUAAGGGGGGAAAAAAGCAAAGUGAUAUAUUUUCUUUGAAAGCUCUUUACUUUUACAUACAUUGUUGUAGCCAAAAUGUAAAACAUUAUAAAACUGUACAUUUAUUUGCUAUGGAUUGCUUCUUUUUGUAUACAAGAUACAGAGUAAUGGUUUUUAAAAGUGCAAUCAGGCAGUCAUCGGUCAUAUUGACCAUGCCUUCAUAACUCAUCACACUGACAUGGAAAUCAAGAACUUUUAAUUCAACUAGAAUUGUGUAAAUUUAGGAAACUCCUUUUUUUCCUGUCUGUUUUCAUUGGCAUGCUUGUGACACAUGGGACCUUUCUUUGGACUGAUGGUAACAGCUGGUCUAGAUUUAAUUUCCAGCUCUGGUUAUGUAUUUUUUGAUGUAUAGAUCCAACGUGAAGACCCUUCAUAACAAAUUGUUCAUAUUAAGUAAUCAGUAUGGAUUUGAAACAAAAAAGGUGUUAUUUUAAAACUGAGACUUACAAUACAAAAAUCAGGAGAAUAUUCAAGUAUAAACUUGUCUCAAAGUUUAAGAAACAAGACAACAGCAUUGUAUGCAAUUUAGUACUUCUGAGUAAAAUGCAUGCACAAUGUUAUGCAAAACAAUUCUAGCAUGAAAUAAAUUUUGUAUCAUGGUUUCAGUGCCUGCUGUACAGUGUAAAGCAGAAUUAUUUUCUGAAGUGAUCAGGGUUUCCAGAGACUUGCUUCUGAAAUCUUGAAUAAUAUAUAGUGUUCCCAACAGAAAUGCUGGAGAGAAGCUUGGUAUUGGUUUGAUUCUAAAAUGGUAAUUUUGGUUAGUGGAUAACAAAGGAAGCCUGCAAACACUUGAUACAACCAAUGUCUGAAGUUUUCACAGCACUAGUAAAUAUUACCAGGGAAGAUAAAAUCUAGAAUUAU